ACGGUUACAGCGUGCAAACCUGAAACGGUUUUGGUAGAAGAGGCAACUUUGGGAAAGCAGCUGUGAGGCAAGUGAAAAUAUGGAGAAAACAGUCGACAAUUCAGAGUUUGAAACAAUGAGUGCUUCUACAGCAGUUAGAAGAAGAUCAGUGACACUCGGUUCUUUGGAGCCAUUUCUAAGAAAGCAAAAGAGAGAUCGUCUGCGUACAACGAGCAUCAAUUCUAUCGCCUCCGGAAUUGCGAGCUCAGUGGAACGACAACGCUCCUCGACAUGGCAUGGCGCAGAAGUAGAAUCAAGCGGCCUGAGUUUGGGUAGUUCUUCAAAGCUUGCCCUCCCAUCAAACACACCACAUGACAUCGCUGAUUUGAAAGAUUUCCAGGAUGAACUGGAAUCGCAAGAAGUCAUCAAGCACAUUAUAAAAGAAGAGUUGGACAACUCUCUGAUGGAUUGCGACUACGAUAGCCAGCGAUGCGUUUCUCAGUGUGCAAAUAUUAGCCAAGCAGUUGAGUUGAGAGUCAAGGAAAUUACUCCCCCGGAAACCAAACUGGUGGCUGUGGUGUACAUCGGUGAGAUUCGGGAUCAGGGUCUUGAAAUAACCAGCCAGUGCUUAUGGGAUCCUGAAACUGACAAUUUUGUAACUGCAAGCUUCAAAAGUAAAACAUUGUUUGCCGUCUGUACUGUGUUUACGGUUCACUUCUAAAGUAUGUAAUACUGCGGCAUGCCUUUAUGGGAUUGAGAUUUUACAGAGUCCUGAUGUAGUUUCAGAGCGAGGAGCUUACAAAAGAAACCUUGAUAUUCAAGGUUCACAAGACGAGGCCGGUCAUCAAAAUAAACAUCUAUGAACAAUCUUCCAAAACUUUGCAUGUAUAUGUUGCAUGCGACCGCCGGCCUUGAAAUAAGAGAAUGAACAUAAUUGUUUAUAAUUAUUUCCGAAAAUCAUUAUUUUCACUGAUGUUAAUCAGAACAAUUACGCAGCAUUUUGUUCUUUCAGAUUUCCUCACUCGUUCUUCUGACAUUCGGGUAUUUAGAGGCUUGUAACAGACUCGUAACUGCUUGUUACGUCGUCUUCUCCAUGUUAAUCAGCGAAAAAGUUACGGUUCAUGUCAAUAUCUAUUUUACAAAUGACUGGUAUAAACGGAUUGCCGCCGGCAUGACUGCAUGGCUGUUAAGCGACUUUAACCCUCGAUAUCGUAAUUCGCUUCGACAAUCUUGACAAGGAAAAACUUAGACAAUCCAGAUGAAAAUAUUUGAAUCACAAAUUGUAUUCAUAUU